AUGAACGUCCCUCUAGGGGAUCAUGGUCCCGAGCAUCUCCUACUCCUUUCAUCCAACAUGUCCCACCCACGCCGACACAAAAAGUACCUGUACCUCGAACCACCACGCCCAGGACUCACCGAGGUGCGCAGGAAGGUAACCACCAUCAUCCCGCCGCCCGCACCGGCACCACCGCCUCCACCACCGGUUCUCGUCCAACCCCCGCCUCCUCCUCCUCCUCCGCCAGCAGUCUUGGCGCCUCCGCCUCCACCACUCGUGACCAAACCCAUCGAAGACGACGUGAUCGACGUGAUAGCCGUGGACGUGGACCCGUCCGAGACGAGCAGCCGGGUCAGCUCGCGGUCGAGGUCGUCGCGGGGCCGGCGCGACAGCAGCCGGGACCGGGACAGGGAGGUUAUCAUCGAGCGAGAGCGCCUGGUCCCCGUGCCGGUGCGCGUGCCCGUACAUGUCCCCGUCCGGGUCCCUGUGCCCGUCAACAGGCCCGUGCCGUACCGCUACGUUGAGGGCCCAACGAGGACGAGGAGUCCCAGCCCUCCUCCCCCGCCUCCGCCUCCGCCACCGGCUGAGGACAGGCAGAGGGUCAGUGUUAGGAUCGAGGAUCGGGUCUGCGAGCAUGGAUCCCGUGUUGGUGGAAGGGAUGAGGAGCAGUAUGGCACGCGCUGCGGAUGUCACGGUGGGCGUGCGGAGGGGAAUGGGUAUAUGAAUCGGAUACGAUACGUUGAGAGGGACUAG